AUGUAUGACGCCGCAGCAAUUGCAUUCUGCACCGUCUCGCUCACCAUCUUGGCCAUCAUCACACUCAUGACUUUCUGGUGGAGAAGGUACCGGCGGCAGAACCAGCAUCACUCUCCAGAUCAAGACGAAGACUGGCACCGGAACCAGCACCAACACCAGGAGCCAAAGGAAAUCGGGGCUCAGGCUCAGGCUCAGAGAGGACCGCGGAUUUGCCCUAAUAAUCGGGUUCGGGAAAACGGCAGCAGCAACAGCACACACAACCCAUUGGAGUAUCACAACGCAGCGGCAGGGACGCCCGAAUAUAUGUUCGACUGCAAAUUCAAUCGCGGUUGGUCGGGAAGUAGUAGCGUCAAGAGGUUUGCCGAGGAGCUUGAACAGGACGAUGCAAUGACGGAUUUCGCAGAAGCCACAGACUCUGGUGGUUAUGCUGUCGAGGUUGUUCCAGACAACAACAGCCCAAGCCCAUUGAAUGCAAAUGAAAGAAAGAAUGUCGUGAGCGCUGCCGCAUCCUCCUCCUCACAGAAUAGCGCAGAGUGGGAAGAACAGAUCAGGAUUGUGGAACUUGAAGCAACAGGCGGAGGAUGCUCUGCAAAGUAUUCGCUGUUUGACGAUCAGUACAUCGCAGCGCUUCUUGAGGACAUUCUUUCUUCUCAACAAUUGAGUCCAACGGAGUUUCAACACAUGAGUCUCGUCCCAGCGCCUCUCAACAUACGACGAGAACGAGAACCUGGCCGGGAUAAAUCGAGUCUCCGUCUGGCUCCAAGAGUAUCUCGCGGCGGUGUCGGCGUCGGCGACGAAAACAGAACGUCACGAAAUAGCUUGUACCCGCGUUCGCACCCGCACCCGCUCAGGAGCCAUCCUGUAAGCGACAUCACAAUUUCAAAACCUUGGCUUCAGUACGGAGAAGCAGACAAAAAGAUCACGACAGACACUUUACAAUGUCCUCGGCCAGCCCAUCAUCGAAUCCAGGCUGAUGAAUAUAUAUCGCAACAGCCGAUUCCCGGAAACCGUUACAAUGAUUCGAUCAUAGGUCGGUAUUUCACUGGAACAGGGACACAUGGCUCUGGCUGCGCAUCGGAGUCGGAAAGAUGGACAAUGGCGUCGGAAGCGACAUUGUGGGUGUAG